CCCAGGAUGGCGGAAGCGCACCAGGCCGUCGCCUUCCAGUUCACGGUGACCCCGGACGGGGUCGACUUCCGGCUCAGUCGGGAGGCUCUGAAACACAUCUACCUGUCGGGCAUCAACUCCUGGAAGAAACGCCUGAUUCGGAUCAAGAAUGGCAUCCUGCGGGGUGUAUACCCUGGCAGCCCCAGCAGCUGGCUGGUCGUCGUCAUGACAACUGUAGGGUCUUCCUAUUGCAAUGUGGACAUCUCCAUGGGGCUGGUCAGCCGUAUCCAGAAAUACAUCCCUGACGGGUACAGCCCCUACCACACCCCACAGACCAAGGCCCUCCUCAGCAUGGCCAUCUUCUCGACGGGGGUCUGGGCUGCCGGCAUCUUUUUAUUCCGCCAAACUCUGAAGCUGCUGCUUUCCUAUCACGGCUGGAUGUUCGAGAUGCAUGGCCAGACCAGCCAUGUCACCAGGAUCUGGGCUAUCUGCAUCCGACUCCUGUCCAGCCGGCGGCCCAUGUUAUACAGCUUCCAGACAUCCCUGCCCACGCUUCCUGUGCCCAGUGUGGCAUCCACAGUGCAGAGGUACCUGGAGUCUGUGCGGCCCUUGUUGGGUGAUGAGGAAUACUACCGCAUGGAGACACUGGCCAAAGAGUUCCAAGACAAGACUGCCCCCAGGCUGCAGAAGUACCUGGUGCUCAAGUCUUGGUGGGCAACCAACUAUGUGAGUGACUGGUGGGAAGAGUACAUCUACCUUCGCGGCAGGAGCCCCCUCAUGGUGAACAGCAACUACUAUGUCAUGGACUUUGUGCUCGUCAGGCCCACAGAGGUGCAGGCCGCCCGCCUAGGGAACGUCAUCCACGCCAUGAUACUGUAUCGCCGGAAGCUGGACCGGGAAGAGAUCAAGCCUGUGAUGGCUCUGGGUAUCGUGCCCAUGUGCUCCUACCAGAUGGAGAGAAUGUUCAACACCACCCGGAUCCCGGGCAAGGAGACAGACGUGCUGCAGCACUUGGGGGACAGCAGGCAUGUGGCCGUCUACCACAAGGGCCGCUUCUUCAAGGUGUGGCUCUACAAGGGCUCACAGCUGCUCAAGCCCUGUGACCUGCAGAUGCAAUUCCAAAGGAUCUUGGACGACCCCUCCCCACCACAGCCUGGGGAGGAGAGGCUGGCGGCCCUCACAGCUGGCGGGAGGGUGGAGUGGGCCGAGGCGCGCCAGGCCUUCUUCAGCUGCGGCAAGAACAAGGCCGCCUUGGAGGUCAUCGAGCGGGCCGCCUUCUUUGUGGCCCUGGACGAGGAGUCCCACUGCUACGACCCUGAGGACGAGGCCAGCCUUAGCCUCUACGGCAAGGCCCUGCUGCAUGGCAACUGCUACAACAGGUGGUUUGACAAAUCUUUCACUGUCAUCGCCUUCAAGAAUGGCCAGCUGGGCCUCAACGCAGAACACGCGUGGGCAGACGCCCCCAUCAUCGGGCACCUCUGGGAGUUUGUAUUGGGUACCGACGCCUUCCACCUGGGCUACACAGAGACCGGGCACUGCCUGGGCAAACCCGACCCUGCGCUGGCACCCCCUCAGCGGCUGCAGUGGGACAUUCCGGAGCAGUGUCAGGCGGCCACGGAGCGCUCGUACCAGGUGGCUAAGGCCCUGGCGGAGGACGUGGAGCUGUACUGCUUCCAGUUCCUGCCCUUUGGCAAAGGGCUCAUUAAGAAGUGCCGCACCAGCCCCGACGCCUUCGUGCAAAUCGCCCUGCAGCUGGCGCACUUCCGGGACAGGGGCAAGUUUUGCCUGACCUAUGAGGCCUCGAUGACCAGAAUGUUCCGGGAGGGACGGACCGAGACCGUGCGGUCCUGCACCAGCGAGUCCUCGGCCUUUGUUCAGGCCAUGGUGGAGGGUGGCCACAUGAAAGCAGACCUUCAAGGCCUCUUCCGGAAAGCGUCUCAGAAACACCAGAACAUGUACCGCCUGGCCAUGACUGGGGCUGGCAUAGACAGACACCUCUUCUGCCUCUACUUGGUCUCCAAGUAUCUGGGGGUCACGUCCCCUUUCCUGGCUGAGGUGCUCUCGGAGCCCUGGCGCCUCUCCACCAGCCAGAUCGCUCAAUUCCAGAUCCGCAUGUUUGACCCGGACCAGUACCCCAAGCACCUGGGUGCCGGAGGUGGCUUUGGCCCGGUAGCAGACGAUGGCUAUGGGGUUUCUUACAUGAUCGCAGGAGAGAACACCAUCUUCUUCCAUGUGUCCAGCAAGUUCUCCAGCUCAGAAACAAACGCCCAGCGCUUUGGAAACCAUAUUCGCCAAGCCCUGCUGGACAUCGCAGAUCUUUUCCAAGUCCCUAAAGCUGCCUGCUGA